ACUCGCCGAACUCAGUCAGUUGUCGGCUGACCGACGGGGACGAUUGUUGCACCGUUGCGCUUCGACGCUCGUCCGGUUUCAAUAACGAUCGCGCGCGUCCACGUGGUUCUCGCGUAAAUCCGAAUUGGAGACGAACACCACCGCCAACGGACGGAAAAUGCGAAUCGCGUAUUGAACAUAACAAUGCUGACGAACGUCAUAAUUAGUGACGGCGAUAAUAAACGAACGAUACGUUUUUAAAUCCACGCGUCGUCUACGUUUUUCGUUUUUCCGUCACUACCCCCGUCGAAUACGAUCGUUUUCCGAUUACGUUACGCGUUUCCCUUCUUAUUACUCUCGUCGCCUUCCCACACGGACCAUGUUGCGUGACUAACAAACUAUUAAUAUUUCGUUUACCGUACACGGUAAACGUUGUCGACCGAGUGGUUUCCCGAAGAAUUUUGAAACGGUUUUCAAUUCAACGAAACGGUGUUCGCUGCGCCAUGAUCGCACUCCAGACGAAAUUACGCGGAUGUGCCGUCGGUGGCAUGCCGAAAGCGGUCGACAGGCCAGCGCGCAUGACAUCACGACGAUAACGGUCUGAAAAACGUAUUCCUCUGGUAAUCGUCAAUGAACGCAACUGUUUGAAUCGUUCUACCAAAGCUCUGAGAAUCACGACACGGGUAAGAUAAUGUCAUUGGGUCCCGUCAUCCUAUUGACUGUAAUUUGGUUAGCCAUGUUCAAGAUAUUGACCUGCGAAUCGCUCCACAACAGUGGAAUUCACCGUGGUCGUCAUAAGUAUAAGCGACGACAUUUAUUUUCCGAAGAAAAUAAUCGCCAUGUCCGUCUUCAUUAUGAAAACUUACCACUGGAACAAGAUGCGUCAUUAUUAAUGUUGGAUGAGGACAAUGAAGACGUCUCUGUUGAUGCUUCUUUUGAAUUGGACAAGCCACUUCCUAUCGACCAAGUGGCCAUUCCGGUUGGAGGAAAAGCAUAUCUGCCGUGUGACACGCGGUAUGCCGGCCAAGACACUAGUACGUCUGUCGAUUCUGCCGGAUUUUUCAUGGUCAUGUGGUUCAAAGAACAAAAGGAAAACCACUCAGAUGAUCCAAUCUUCGAGCAAACCGGAGCAUCGUCUUCGUCCACUGCUGGUGAACCUAUAUUCACGUACGACACGAGACAGUUAUCGGCAAGUAUACAAAAUCCACCGAGAUGGUGGUCAUCGCCUUUGGGGUUCGGUGACCGAGCCUACUUUCACACGAGCAACAGUGAAUUACAGAAGUUCGACCAGGAUUUAGUUGAUCAUCUGACAGUGGACAGAGCCAUGGCCACCGAUACCGGGAUAUACAGAUGCAGAAUUGACUUCCUAAAAGCGCCCACUCGAAACCGUCUAGUCAACCUAACAGUCAUAGUCGCUCCGGGUCGGCCGAAAAUUUACUUCGAACAGAAAAAUACAGUUGAAGGGAACAGUCCAGAAAAUUAUCAACGAGAUUCGGAAAACAUCGUUAUCGACGAGGGCACUCCAACAGUCACAUUGGUGUGCAUCGUUAACGGAGGAUGGCCGCGACCGCGGUUGACGUGGUACAACGAGAACGCCGUGCUGGACUCCACGUACAGUCUGUCGGGCGAUGAGAACGAGAAUAGUCAUGGACAACGCAAGAACGGCCGUCCCUCCGUCACCGGUAUGACCACGGUGAACCGUCUGGUGUUGACCAACUUGACCCGGUGGCACUCGGUGAUGGGCCAGCGGCACGCGACCACGGGCACGGCGCGGUUGACGUGCCAGGCGAGCAACAGCAUCACCACCGCUUCCGCGUCCAACGGGCUCUCGCGGCCCACCGUCGUCGCCGGCACCAGGAACCUACCGCCACCCGCCACCACCGAACACACGUACAUCCGACUGAACCUGAAACCUACUGAAGUGCAAAUCGUAUCAAUAAGAGGAAAGAGCGAAAAUCAUUCAAAAACUGAAGGGAAUCAUAUUUUUGACAAAAAUGAAGUGGUCGUGACGGAAGAUGCAACAGGCCAUAAGAAGUAUAUGAUAAGAGCUAACCGGAUGUAUCGAGCCGAGUGUCAGUCAAAAGGAUCGCGGCCACUGGCCACGAUUGAAUGGUAUCUGUUAAAAAAAAAUCAACGCUAUGCUGUCGGUCAAUCUGCAAAUGGUUCGUCAGACACGUCGUCCUCGAUGAUUCGUUUGGAAGAAAAAAGGGGUAGCAUGUCAAAGGUCUCAGAUGGUACAUUGACCAUCGUAGUAGAAACGCUACAGACGCCAGUAACGGUAACUGACAAAGAUGAAACGGUAGUAACGACAAGUAUUCUACAUUUUAAGCUCCAAGAACCAACAUCUGUAGUCAUAGAUGCAAAUGACGAUAACGAAUCAACCUUAGUCUGCCGAGCAUACAAUCCAGCCAUCAAGACAAUUGAUCAUCAUUACAUUGAAACCAAAAUCACAUUGGACGUACAUUACCCUCCCAUAGUUCAUUUACAAUUUGGCAAUCGUAUGUUGGACACGGGAAGCAUAGGUCCUGGAGAAGACGUGUAUUUCGAAUGCGCGGCCCGAGCCAAUCCAUCAAGUACCAUCCGUUACAGUUGGUACCAUAACGGUGUUCGGUUAAUGCAAGAAACUGAGAAAAGACGAACAGACGAUGGAGAAAAAAGAGGCGAGAAGAAAAACAACAGACUUGCCAGUCGAGUUAUACAGUACAGUCAGUUAGGUAGUUUGGUAUUGCAAUCCGUGAAAGCCGCUGCCGCGGGAAGAUAUACAUGCCAAGCAACAAAUGGAAUCAACUACGAUAGCAAUGACAACAAAAUGAUGAGCAAUUCCGUACGGUUGUUCGUAAAACACGUGCCAGUGUGCCGGCACCGCGAAGACGUGGUGAUCGUGAUGAAGAAGUCGGACCCGGUGACCGGGCCGGUGAUCCGGUGCCGGGCAGGACACGGACAUCCGCCGGCCAACCAGUACAAUUGGAGAUUCUACCCGGAACAGGCCGAGCCGGAGCGUCGGCACAGCGGGCCGUCGCCGGAUGGAUCCGACGGGAUGAUGGCGUACGCCGGACGGUCUACCAGAGGGCUGGGAUCGUUGCUUGCGGAGACGGCUGUGCCGGACGGCGGCGGCGGAACAUCAUACGCAUUCACCACGAAUACGCCGGUGUUGAAAUCGUACGCGUCCAACGUGGCCGCCGCCGCUGCCGCUUCGUCCGCUUCAUCCGCUUCGGGCGUGGCGACAUCCCCGAAGUUCUUGCACGGUCGCUUGGAGUGCCGGGCCGUCAACUCGAUGGGCGUGCAAACGAAACCGUGCGUUUACCGUAUCACAGAUAAAAUGUUGAUCGGUCAAGGCCAUCGUGAAAUCGCUGAUUGUCGACCGAUGUCAAGGAAGGAACUACCAAACGAAACCGUCAACUCCUCUGAUUUAUAUCCGUGUGGUAUUAAAGUGGAGGACAUGGUCACCAACACAAACCGAAAGAUAAGAUUUUGCAUUGCAUGCACACUAAACGAAUCUUCGUCGCAUUACCAUAACCAGCGGUUCAGUUACAUACUGCAGUUAUUGAAAAACUUGCCGGGAAAAGCACCUUCGUCAGUUAUUAUUGCAUUUAAUAUAACUGGUGUUACCAUAACCGAUAAUAGUGGAAACAAUAAAACUAAUUCUAACGAACAAGACGAGGAUGAUUAUUAUUCGUAUUUCGAUCCAGAAGAAGAGGACAUGAAAUAUGGAGAGAGGGGCGAUUAUAGUCAAGAGAUUAAAAACGUUGUUCAGAGAGUAGUAUUUGUUAUUGACGACAGUGUGGAACCAGGAAUGUACCGGGGAAGAAUUUAUAAUAGUAAUGAAGGCAUCAUAUCAUCGAUCGUAAAGGGAAUGAUCAAUGUGGCAGCUGCUACAAUGAAUGAUAUCAAUGUCAAUGAUGAUUCCGACAACUAUAUCAUUGAUGAAAUUGAAGACAACAACACAGACGAGUCGAUACUGGGGUACGCGUGGCAUCGCGUCACCAUCGCGUUAGUGGAAAUGUUCUCGGUCGUGGUACCGCCACCGCCUCCGCCGCCGCCACCGCACUACCAAGAAUUCGACGGAGCCGACCGCAGGCGACAGCCGCACAGGCAGUGGCAGGCCGCGUCCGCCGCGCUCACCGCGGUACUGGUGGCCGUAGUCAUCGCGCUGUCGUGCGGCAUUUGCGCCGUGGUGGCCCUACUGUACCGCAGGCAGUACUACAACCGGCGCACCGAUCGCGGCCACGUGUACGGACUCGGGCGCAAUGAAGCGGACGACGCGGACGGCAGAACGGACGACGACGUCAGUGGGGCCGCGGGUAAACUCGUCGCGGGACACCGGCGGAAAACGCCAGAACCGGCGGGCACGCAAGCACAACAGGAACAGCCGCCGCAGUCAUCGGCGUCCAGGUCGUACGCGGUCAAUGGUGCGGCGAACAACAACAACAGCAAUAACAUCAACAACAACGUGGACGACGAUCACGACGGAGCUUCCGAGACGCAAGUGUCGCCGACGCACCAGCGCCAACACCAGAAAUGCGCCGAGCAACUUCGGAAAUGCCGACCGCCGACCGCCGACGUCCGGGUGGUCGUGAACAAGUCGACGCCUCGGCCAGCCGUCAUGAGCAUCCACCGCGACGAUGGUGCCGGUCCGGACAUCGUCAUGUCCACCACUUACACGGCCAUCGCAACAGAUAUAUUAGACAGUACUUGGCAGCAACAGCAACAACCGCUGCAGCCGCAACAAAUGAAGUUCAACACAAUUAACAGCAAUCACCAGUGGUCGUCGUACCAAUUUCAAUAUCAGAAACCCAACUCAACAAUAGUUAUUCCAAAAUCUACCUUUCCUCCAACUAAUACACCGGCAACAGCGGAAGUUUUGACAAGCAAACAUUCAUCGUCUAGAACAAUCAAUCCGGCAAUAGGCGAACCUCUACUGCCGGUACCAUCCCGGGUAUUGCUGAACGCGCUCCAUCGAGAAUCGUCCAUAUGAAACUAUAAUUGACCAUAUAGGUUUUUAUAAUAUAAUAUAAUCGUUGUCUAAAAAAAAAAAAAAGACUUUUAUCUCUUUUUCUCUAACAUUAUUUUUCCAUUCUUUAUGUUCUAAUCAUUAUUAGAUAAAGGAAUUGUAUGUGUUAACCAUAAUACCUACAAGUUAUAUACUGUCUAAUUUUAUCGACUAUUGUUGCCACAUUGUAAUAUUAUUCUAUACGUUUUUUUUUAUAUUUAUUAUUAUUAUUAUUACUAUUAUUGUUUAAUGCAAUGUUUACUGUAUACCGUUAUCGUUAAGUCUUGAUAAUAAGUUUUCAUUCCUACAGGCGCGUUACCAAUUUUAAGUUUAAAACUUUUAGUCCUAUAAUUUCCGUAUAUUAUUCCUUAGCAUAAUAGGAUCAAUCAAAAUAAUAAAUAUUAAACUUUGGCAUCGUUUGUUUUUAGGAAAAAUAUUUGUAUUGUGAUUGGAUAUAACAUGAUUGCCGUUGCCAUAUUAUUACGUGUAUUGUGUACAUAUCAAUAUACUACGUGUUAUAACUUUA